AAUUCGACUAGCGCUUCAUUGACGCGUCUGCUAUUUCUCCGUCGGUCGCGCCCUCCUCCCCUGUCGCCAGCACCACCACCACCACUUCAUCUCCUCAUUCUCGCUCGCUUCUGCAUAAAUAUAUUUAUUAUGUAUUGGCAGAUUUAGCAAAAGAUUUCCUCCCCUUGUUCGCGCCUUCUUCGAGCCCAGCUUGCAGAUCCAUUUCUGAUAUUUGUUGUUCCUGGGAUCAGAUCGGCAAAUGUCGGCAAUGAAGACGACGGGCCGCUUCUUCACGAUUGGGCUCGUGGCGGCGUGGUACUUCUCCAACAUUGGGGUCUUACUGCUCAACAAGUUCUUGCUCAGCAAUUACGGAUUCAAAUACCCGAUCUUUCUCACCAUGUGUCACAUGACGGCUUGCUCCCUGCUCAGCUACAUCGCCAUUGCCUGGAUGAAGAUGGUUCCUAUGCAGACCAUAAGAUCUAGGGUUCAGUUCAUGAAGAUCUCCGCUUUGAGCCUCGUCUUUUGCGCUUCCGUUGUCAGCGGCAACAUCUCUCUCCGAUACCUGCCCGUCUCCUUCAACCAGGCGAUUGGUGCCACCACCCCGUUCUUCACCGCCGUCUUUGCCUAUCUCAUAACCCUGAAAAGAGAGGCUUGGUUGACAUACGUCACUCUUAUCCCAGUUGUCACUGGCGUGGUCAUUGCCAGUGGGGGAGAGCCCAGUUUCCAUUUAUUUGGAUUCAUAAUGUGCAUUGGGGCUACAGCUGCUAGGGCACUUAAGUCAGUGCUUCAAGGGCUUUUGCUUUCUUCUGAAGGGGAGAAGCUGAACUCCAUGAAUCUUUUACUUUAUAUGGCUCCUAUUGCUGUUGUGCUUCUAUUGCCUGCAACACUAAUCAUGGAGGAAAACGUUGUUGGUAUCACCUUAGCACUUGCAAGGGAGGAUUUCACAAUCAUAUGGUUACUCCUAUUCAACUCUGCACUUGCAUAUUUUGUAAAUCUGACCAAUUUUUUGGUUACAAAGCACACCAGUGCGCUGACCCUACAGGUUCUGGGGAAUGCUAAAGGAGCUGUUGCUGUCGUCGUGUCAAUAUUAAUAUUCAGAAACCCAGUAUCAGUCACAGGAAUGCUCGGCUAUACUCUCACAGUUUUUGGUGUUAUUCUCUACAGCGAAGCCAAGAAACGCAGUAGGAAGGAUUGAUGUGGUGAAAAAAGUAUCAAAUGUAUAAAUUCUACUAUUAAUUUUGCAUUGCGCUGGGAAGGUGUAAAGUUUCGAAUGCUAGAAACGCAUCUCACUUGCCCUGCAACUGCACCUCUGGAUUUUGCCAUCAAAUUUGCGUGGUGAAAAUGGAGGAAUAUGCGCCUACAACCACCACGUCUGCCAAGCCAAACAGGGAGUAGUAAUAAUUAACAUUGGUUUUCCUCCAUUCUUCUCACAUGGAAGGAACUUUUGUUAUUUUUAAAUUCUUUUGGAAAGAGAUUGUAAAAUUCACUAUACACAGCUUGUGUUAUAAAUUUUUCAUAUUGAUGGUUUAAGCACAACACCUCAUAGCUCAUAUUCCAAGUGUUUUUUGUGUCCGUUCAGUAUUUGCUGAACCGUAAUGGAACGUGAUGUAAUGCGAUCAAAACUCAACUAUGAUUAUUGAUAUGAUUAUGUUUCAUUACGGUUUAUCAAUUGUCAACUACAGCUAGCUGCCUGAAACUGCUUCCAGUUUCCUGUGCUAUCCUAUUAAAGAAA